GCGCUCAUUUUCUAGACCAUUCCGUGGCACGAUAUAAGCGCGGCCAGAUCUGCCACCUCGACCCCGUCUCGUUCCUCGCUAUCGCUUCCGCAUUUCCAUAGAGUCCUCUCUUAGACACCUAGACCAGUACACCGCAUAGACAUGGUCGCCAUCGUCCAGAAGCCCGCCCCCGAUUUCAAGGCCACCGCCGUUGUGGAGGGCCAGUUCAAGGAUGUCCAACUCUCCGAUUACGCCGGCCAAUGGCUGAUCCUCUUCUUCUACCCGAUGGACUUCACCUUUGUCUGCCCGACCGAGAUCCUCGCCUUCAACGACGCGCUCCCCCAGUUCAAAGAGCUCGGCGCCACCGUGCUCGGCGUCUCGACCGACUCGCAAUUCUCCCACCUCGCCUGGUCGAUGUCGCCCCGCAAGCAGGGCGGCCUCGGCCCCGACCUCAAGCUCCCGCUCCUCGCUGACCGCAGCAUGGCGAUCAGCAAGGCCUACGGCGUUCUGAUUGAGGAAGAGGGCAUCGCGCUCCGCGGUCUCUUCAUCAUCGACCCCAAGGGCACGCUCAGGCAAAUCACGAUCAACGACCUCCCCGUCGGCCGCUCUGUCGACGAGACCAUCCGCCUCGUCAAGGCCUUCCAGUUCACCGACAAGUACGGCGAGGUCUGCCCCGCCAACUGGAACGAAGGGUCCAAGACGAUGAAGGCCGACCCCAAGGGCUCGCUCGAGUACUUUGCCAACGCGUCCAACGGCCCCGAGCCGGAGCAGAAGAAGAUGCGCGUGGACUAAAAAAAACGCACAUUUAUUCGAACUCGUGAAGACGGCAGCUGUGGGAUAGGGCAUGGAUGAUAUAGCCACGCGUACCGCACACCUCGGUUAUCGGUACGCGUGUGUACGAUAAUUUUGAUCUAAUCGCAAUGCAUGUAUAGAACCAUCUUAUAUAGACACGACCAAGCAUUGUUCCGGAGGUCGCGCUCGAUUUGAGGUCCAUUG